AUGUCGUCAGCAACGACCUUUUACAAUUUCGAGCCCGUUGACAAGAAAGGAGAGCCCUUCCCCCUCUCGUCGCUGCAGGGCAAGGUGGUCUUGGUCGUCAACACUGCGUCAAAAUGCGGCUUCACCCCGCAGUUUGCCGGCCUCGAAGAGCUCUACAAAUCAAUCACCUCCUCGCACCCAGAUAAAUUCACCGUACUAGGCUUCCCGUGCAACCAGUUCGGCUCUCAGGACCCUGGAAGCAACGACGAAAUCCAGAGUUUCUGCCAGGCCAACUACGGCGUCACAUUCCCUGUCCUUGGCAAGAUAGACGUGAACGGCGAUAACACCGCGCCGGUGUACAGCUGGCUGAAGAAGGAGAUGCCUGGUCUCAUGGGACUGAAGAGGGUCAAGUGGAACUUUGAGAAGUUCCUGAUCGAUGCAAACGGGAAGGUUGUUGGACGGUGGGCAAGCACCACCAAACCCGAGUCUCUCAAGAGCACCAUCUUGAGCGAAAUUGAGAAGGCCGGCAAGGCUUCUCAGCUCUAG